AUGCAACGUCCCUUUUCGCUGGUCGUGUCGGAUUCCAACUACAACUUGACGCGGUACAUGUUUUUGAAUGUUGUGGCUGCAAAUUCUAAGAACAUGAUACCAAGAAAUAUUAAGGCUACGACCAUUUUUACUCCUUUAUACAUCACACCCUACAGGAUUCUCACCCACUAUUCCAUUCAGAUAUUCCUUCAGAGAGAGAUCCAUUGUCAUGCAUAUACAUGUUAUCGCGUGGACAUGGCCCCAGAUACUGAUAUGUUGGUCACGUCUCUACCCUACGAGUUCGCCAAUUCAGACCUAAUUAGUCUCUCUCACUCAUCAAAGAACACAGUUUCUGAAUGA